GAGAAAGAUAGAACAUGAGCAGAGCUUGCCAACAUAUGGAGCGGAAGAUUCUUCGCCUCCUACACGGACGCAAUACCCUUGUUCAACUACAUCAAAUUCACGCUCGGUUCCUCCGCCACGGGCUACACAACUCCAACCUAAUCCUCGCCCACUUCGUCUCUGUUUGCGGUGCUGCCCGCAAGUUGGACUACGCCAAUCGGGUCUUUUCCCAAACCCACAAUCCCAACAUUCUUCUCUUCAAUGCCAUGAUUAAAGGGUACUCCCUUAGCGGUCCCUGUCAGGAGUCUCUCCUCUUGUUCUCUUGCAUGAAGGGUCGCGGCAUCUGGCCCGAUGAGUACACUUUUGCGCCACUACUCAAGUCGUGUUCGGGUCUUUGGGACGUCCGGCCCGGUCAAUGUGUUCAUGGGGAGGUUAUCAGAGUCGGGUUUGAGUCUUUUGGGUCGAUAAGAGUUGGGGUUGUGGAACUGUACGCUGCGUAUGGGUGGAUGGAGGAUGCGAUGAAGGUGUUUGAUGAAGUGCGUGACAGAGAUAUCAUCAUUUGGAAUUUGAUCAUUCACGGGUUUUGCAAGGGAGGGGAUGUUGAUACUGGGUUGUCUCUGUUUAGGAAGAUGAGUGAGAGAAGUGUCGUGUCGUGGAAUUCAAUGAUUUCUUGCUUGGCACGAAGUGGGAGGGAAGAUGAAGCUUUAGAGCUUUUUCAUGAAAUGAGGAGUGAGGGAUUUGAACCAGACGAGGCAACUUUGGUGUCUGUGUUGCCUGUUUGUGCUCGUUUGGGGGCUGUUGAUAUUGGGCUAUCUAUCCACCAUUAUGCUGAAUCAAGUGCAAUCUAUCCAGAUUCAGUCCCGGUUGGUAACGCACUGGUGGAUUUUUAUUGCAAGUGCGGAGAUUUGGAAGGUGCUACAAGGGUGUUUAAUGGGAUAUGCCAUAAGAACGUGGUUUCUUGGAAUUCAAUGAUUGCAGGUUUGGCAUUUAAUGGGAAGGGUCAAUUAGGGGUCGACUUGUUUGAGGAGAUGAUUGACAGCGGCAUGAUCCCUAAUGAUGCAACUUUUGUUGGGGUUCUAGCAUGUUGUGCUCAUGCAGGAUUGAUAAAGAAAGGACAGGAGCUGUUUGCUUUGAUGACUGCAAAUCAUGGUCUUGACCCAAAGCUUGAACAUUAUGGAUGUAUGGUUGAUCUCCUUGCACGUGGUGGACAAGUGAGAGAUGCUUAUGACUUGCUUAGGAGAAUGCCCAUGGUGCCUAAUGCUGCUAUGUGGGGUGCAUUGCUCGGUGCUUGCCGUAAUCAUGGUGAUGUUGAGAUUGCGGAAGUUGCAGUUAAGGAGUUAAUCACCCACCAGGAACCGUGGAAUUCUGGUACUUAUGUGUUGCUGUCGAAUAUCUAUGCAGAAGAAGGUAGGUGGGCUGAAGUGGAGAAGGUAAGAGGGUUGAUGAAGGAAAAGAGUGUCAAGAAAGCAAUCGGACAAAGUGCAAUUGGGUGAUCACAAAAUAUUUGUUUUGAAGGACAUCCUUAUUCUCAAAAUGAACUUCGCUUAAUCUCAAGAAUGAAUUAGGGAAAAGAGUGUCAAGAAAGCAAUUGAACAAAGUUCAGUUGGGUGAUCAUGAAAUAUUUGUUUUGACAAGAGAUGCUCGUGCCCGGAUGAGCUUUGCUUAAUCUCAAAAAUGGAUGACAAACAGUUCUAGAACAUAUAAGUCAUGCAGAACCCUGAGAUUUCAGGUUGCAGAAAGUGCUGAGCUACUUGGCCUUUUAGUUGAUUUUGGCCAUGACAAAACAAGGUCUUUGAUGACAGUCUCAACAAUGCUUGGACAAAUCAUAGGAAGCAUAUUUUAUUAUGACUUGAGGAAAUAAGAAAUCAGGUUCUUGCAGUCUGCAGAUUGAUUCAGAUUCUUUGUGUGCAUAAAGCUUUUCACAACACAUUUGAUAAUAUACUUUCAGUUCGAUGUUAGGUUAACCAUCUGUACUGAAUCAUGUAUUCAUUGCUAAUGAUGUUUUAUGUUUGACUAGCGUAGGCCAUUUGUGGUGAUGUACAGCCGGGAAGAAUCAAGCCAUUACCAGGAUUUGAGUUAUAAUAAGAUCUCAAUUCAACA